AUGAUUCAGACUCAAGAGAUUGAUUUCAAGAAUCAGCUGGCUGAUAGAUUGAAGAAGAGAUCUUCGGCAGAGUCACAGAUGGUGUUGCCACCACAACAAAAUGCUCCACAUCAACAGCAGUCAACUACGACGAUCACGAAUACAUCAGACAACAACAACAACACCAUCAAUAAUAUUAAUAAUAUGACUCCACCAAUUUCACCUCGACACAAGGAGCCAAAAGACAAUCAUAAUAGUCGACCACCAAUUCCAGAUCGCAGAAAUAUACCAACUCAUAAGUCAUCGUCGUCCUUCAUUGGAUCGACGCCAGCUGGUGGCGCCCCACCAAAGAUUGGGUCAUUUGCGCCGCCACCCCCACCCCCGGCCUCACUGUCCAUGGGCAGUCUGGCCCCUCUGCCACAGACGCAGCCACAGCAACAGACACAGUCACAUCCACAUCCACAGCGCAACGCACCUCCACCUCCACCCCCAUCAUCAAACAAGCCAUCCACAUUCACAAAUGCGAACCUAUCCGCACCGCUGCCUCCCAUGCAGCCGGGCCACUCGCCUCGACAACUGUCGAGCGGCAACCUACCGUUGCCACCAACAACCACAUCAUCACAUAGAUCGAUCUCGCCAUCGACUACCAUCGCGCCUCCACCAUCAAUCCCGCCACCCCCACCUCCUCAUUUUUCUUCGGCGCCUACCACGCCACUGGCCGGCCUCUCGCCAACACUUUCGACCAACUCCUCACCACCCGCGCCACCUCCCAAAUCACUAUUCCUCAUUUCCAACCUACCUCUGCCACCCCCACCCGAGGCCGCCACUCCUGCGCCCCGACCCACCGCGCUACCACCUCCUCCAGUCACCGCCCCAGUCGCGCACAAUCCACCUCCACACAUCCUCCCUCGACCAGUUGCCACAAGCUCUCCAAACUUUGGCACCAUGGUCACGCCCAUUGUACAUACUCCUCCUCCUCAAACAUCGUCGGCACCAACUACCCCGGCGUUGCCACCAUCAAUCAAACCAAGGCCAAUGGUUCAUGGCCACAAUAGAUCAUCAUCGCUCGAUCCAAAGCUCAUGGCCACCGUUCAGAUGAUACAUGCGAAUCCAAUCCCUGGCGUUGGCGCAUCAACAUUGUCAACACCACCAACCAACGCCAGUCAAGCCAAUCACGCACACCGUCUGAGCAGCGAGUCGAACAAGGCUGUCAACACAUCGAUGGGACGACUGCCACUGGGGAUGCUCUCGUCGCAGGCCGCGUCGCCGCCCUCUGCCAAGUCGCCAGCACCCGCUGCCAACGAGGACGGCAACAAGUCGCCGCACAAAGAUGAGGACAAGGAGCUCAAAAAGAAGGAGAAGAAGGAGCAGAAGGAGAUAAAGAAGGAGGAGAAGGAGAAAGAGAAGGAGAUGAAGAAGGAGAAGAAAGAGAUGCUCAAGAAGGAGAAGAAGGAUUCCAAGAAGGACAAGCGCGAGAUUGGCUCUAGCUCCAGCCAGUCAUCACCACGCUCCGCCAUAUUCAACUGCACACUGGAGCAGAUCAUGGAGCUGCAGCGCGAGAAGCUGAUGGACCAGGGCGGCGACAUGGACGUGCCCGUGGUGCUCAAGAUGAUGACUGAAGCCAUCAUCGCGAUGGAUGGCUGCUCGACCGAGGGCAUCUUCCGUGUGCCCGGCACUGCGUCCGAGGUACAGCGCUUCAAGAGUCGCUUCAACGAGCUGGACUUCACGCUGGACACCAAGGACGUGCACGUCGUGGCUGGACUGCUCAAGCUAUGGCUCCGCGAGCUGACCGACCCCAUUAUACCGACGUCGUUGUACGACGAGUGCAUCAAGACGUGGAAUCAAAAGAAUGACAGCAUCCGUCUGAUCGACGCGUUGCCCACGCCCAACAAGCAGGUGAUGACCUUCUUGUUGCACUUCCUCAAGACCGUUGCGAACCCGGCCAACAUUGCCAAGUCCAAGAUGGACAUUGAUAACAUUGCAAUGGUGUUUGCGCCUGGUCUACUCAGAUGUCCAUCCACCGAUCCCAACAGUAUUCUUGUCAAUUCACAAUACGAGAAGGAGUUCAUUCGUAACUUGAUUGAGACCAUCUAA